GUGACAGUCUGCUCUCUCUACAGACACCAUCUGCAUGUGACAGUCUGCUCUCUACAGACACCAUCUGCUUGUGACAGUCUGUUUCCUCUACAGACACCAUCUGCUUGUGACAGUCUGCUCUCUCUACAGACACCAUCUCUGUAGUCAUAGGUCUCUACAAUCAUGAUAAAUAUAUCAGAGUUGGAUGUUUGUGAUACUUACUCUCCUCCUUCUACAAAGACUCUGCUCUUGGUGGGCUAUAGUCUUCUGCUGCCACUUGGGGUUGUGCUUAAUGGUGUGUCCCUUUUCAUCUUCCUAUAUGGGCUUCGCCCACUCAGUGUGGUUGGAAUAUUCCUCUGCAACUUGGCAAUAAGUGACCUCCUGUUCUCUCUCUCGUUACCAUUUAGGAUUUAUUACUAUUCACAGCACCAUUGGCCCUUUGGACCCUUUCUUUGCCGGCUCUCAGGUUCUAUCUUUCAGAUAAAUAUGUAUGGAAGCUGUGUGUUCCUGCUGUGCAUUAACCUGGACCGAUACCUGGCAAUUGUGUACCCUCUGCGCUUCCGCCACCUGCGCCGUCCUAAAGUGGCCUAUCUGGUGUGUUUUUCUGUCUGGUUGCUGAUUGUCAUGGGAUCAGUGCCAGCUGCUCUUGUUCAUAGCUCAUCAAACUGCUGGAAUGGUGACUAUGAAGUGCCACGUUGCUUUGAAGGGCUGACUAGCUGGCAAGGUCGUGUCUUCCCUCUUCUCUUGGUGGCUGAGGUUUUAGGGUUCCUGCUGCCUCUUGUAGUGGUGCUAUAUGCUUCAUGCUCUGUUUUUUGGGAGUUGUGCUGUGCACAAGAAGGAGGCCAGGAACGACACCGCAGGACAAUAAAUCUCCUCUGCCUGAACCUUUGUAUUUUCCUUUUCUGCUUUGUGCCCUACAACACAACCCUUAUGGCUUAUGGGCUUCUGAGAGCAGAGCUAGUAUCAGACCCAUGGGAGGCACUGCCUGUGGUGAAGAAAAUGCUUUCUUUUACAAUGCUGCUUGCGAGUACCAACUGUGCCCUGGACCCAAUGGUUUAUUACUUUAGCACAGAGGGCUUCCGAAAGACUUUGCAUAAGCUGAGCAGGAAAGCAAGAAAUACCGAGAUCAAGCAGGGAUUAAACAAUGUCACAAUGAACAAGGGAAAGCAACAAAUAUCCUCUGUGGUCAAAGGAGGAAACACACAAGAGGGUCAUAGGAAUGGGAGUCACCAGGUUAAGGAGGAAACAAGAAGGACUCUUUUGUCUUAUGAGGUGAACAAAGCAAAUCCUGCACGUAACAAUGACAGAAAAUCCAUGAUGCUGCAAAGGACAAUUGAGGAAUCCAGUAUAUGAGAGUUGGAGACAGGUUCGGUACUGGCAGCCAGAGUAUAGGCUACUUUAGACACCAUCAAUGGAGACAAAUGGCUCUAAAAAAAUAAACUCAUUAAACUAAAU